AUGGCUUCAGGAGAAGGAGGGGGACUCUUGGGUUCGAAGGAGACGGCUAUCGGGACGGCUACAGGAGUUGUGUCGGUCUUAGGGCCGUUACUGUGGAAUCUCGUGUAUGACGGGGUGCUGGAUGCGCUGGACCGGGAGAAGGAUACCGAAGCAGUAGCGUUCGCCGACGGUCUGGCGGUUCUACUCAAGGUCAGAGGGUCCCACGGCAUCAAUGAGAAGAUAAAGGCGGUCAUAGCCUUGGCCACCAGGUGGUGCCGCGAGGCUGGAUUGCACCUGGCCAGGGAGAAGACGGAGGGGACUCCUCCCCACCUCGUAGCAGUUUGUGAUAAAGCGGAACGGUUCUUGGACGCCAUACGGAGCAUACUCCCAAACGUCGGCGGGCCCAAGGAUUUAGUCAGGAGACUGUAUUGUGGCGUCUGGGAGUCCGUGGUUCUAUAUGGCGUACCAAUAUGGGCCUCCUCCCUGGGAAAAGAAACAAAUAGGACGAUCAUGAGAAGGGCGCAAAGGGCGGCGUUGAUCCGUACGUCGACCGCUUACCGGACGUUGUCACAUGGAGCUCUGUGUAUGCUUACCGGUAGCAUGCCGAUUUACAUCAAGGUAUGGUUGCGGUGGAAGCAGUAUGGAGUGAAGAGGCAGAUCAACGAGAGACCUGAAGAAAUGGCACAUGUUGGGCAAGAAGAAAUGAAGGAUUUAGAGACGGAGGCAGAGGACAGGUGGAGAUUGGAGUGGGCGUUCCACAACCCCUACAAUUGGACUAGGAGACUGCUAGAAGAUCCGCUGAUCUACAGAAGAAAGGGGAAGCUCAACUAUUAUAUGAUGCAGAUCCUUACGGGACACGGUAUCUUUAACUGGUACCGUCAUGGGGUCGGUAAAGAAUCGCACAGCAGUUGUUGGGAUUGUGGUGCGGUGCUGGAUGACGCCGAGCAUGUGCUCUUUUGGUGCCCUAGAUGGACGGUGGAGAGAACGGAGUUGGAGGUCGAGAUCGGUGAAGAUUUGAUAUUGGAGAAUCGGGUCGUUGAGAAGAUGGCCGCGGAGGAACGGUUGUGGAAUAGGUUUUAUGAAUUCUGCACAAAGGCGAUGAAAUGUCGGCUUUCUAUAGAAAGGGGGAUGGAGGUCACAAGAAGAAGGGAAGGAAGGAGGAGAAGAAGGACCAGAGUCGAGGAGAGAAGAUAG